UUAGUUUAUUUAUUUUCUCAUUUCAUUUGUUUAGUUUUGCUGAUUUCUUGAAUUUGUUCAAUUCGCUAACCUAUGUUUACUAAGCCAUCGCAAAAUCUUCAACAUAAUCUUUGGGCACGUGAAUCGAAUUGGAGUUUUGGAUACCAUCGGCCAACACCCAGAUUUCUCUACAAGAGUAUCACUCCCAACUUGACCAUACAGAAUGUGGACAAGCCAUUGUCAUUUCUACGCAAAUUUACUCCCGAUGGCAGCAUGCUACUGGCUUUCUCCAAUGAUCAGAGAUCCUUAGAGGUAUACCAAUAUCAGGGAGUGGGCAAAGCUGCCCAUUUGUAUGGCUCGUAUCGAGGCGAAUGUAUAACGGCCGCUGAUCACUCCCUGGAUUCGUUGCGCAUUAGGCAGGAAUUGUUUAGCACUUUGUUUAAAAAGAAAUACACCAUACAAUUAAUUGAUGCCGGCAGCACCAAUAGACAUGUUUUAAAUCGUGAGUUUAGUCUUUUCCUAGACGAUGGCCAUUACGUGCUGCUGGCAUCGGUGGCCGGUGGUUCCAUAUUUCCCAUUUAUCAGGCAUAUCAAGAGUAUCCAGAUUUAUUUGAUGAUGCUGAUCUAUAUGAUUACACCUUUCACCUGGUUGACUUGCGCAAGGGUUGCCUGGCAGAUACACUGCGUAUAGAACAUGAUUUCAUCGUGCUGUCACACAAUCACAGUGUUUCAUUGUAUGGACGUACAUUGGCCAUUUUAUCUACAUACCGUCAAUGUAUAGAGUUACUUGAAUUGGAUGCCAAGGGUAAACUAAAAAAGCUAUACACUGUGGGACCGUAUGGCAGUAAUUUGGAUAGAGAUCGUAUAAUGGAACACCAGCUACUAUGUAAUAAUCCCUUGGAUCAUACUCAUCCGGUGCCAAUGUCACAUUUAAAGCAAAAAAUAUUGGCUUUUUUCUAUACCAAAGCCUUAGAGGAGCCCACAGAGUUUUUGAGAAAAGAAAAACUAAAGCAGUUUUAUAAACAUUUUGGUCUGAUAGAACGCAUGUUAAUACUAAAGAUGCAAUUGAUUGAUAGCGACAACAUCUUACUGCGCUAUGAAAAACGCCAAUCCCAGAUGCCUUUAGAAAUGUUGGUGGGCAAUGCAGAUACAUUCAGCAAAAAUUUUAAAUUCUAUGUAUUCUAUAAUAUACCAGAGCAAAAGGUAUUGAAGGUCUUCCAUAAAAAUUCGGUUACUUUAUUGUUGAUGCUACGCAAUUACUGUGAUGAGUUCCGCAAUGUGCGUUCAUUGCAAAUGCCCUGGCAUGCUUCGUCACCGAGCAACAAUGAUUUCUUUCGAGCAGCAUUUGAUGUAGCCCUAAAAUCGUUUUCCGGUGGCCUGGCUGAAGCUGCUGAUCGCUUUAAUCCCACUUUACCCAUAAGUUCGCAGAGCUUUUCCACCAGCCCCUAUCUGGACUAUUCACUUUUCAACUAUGACGAUCGUUUCAUUUCAACUUUGGAGCGACCACGUCUUAUAGGCAUGGAUCCCAUACGAUUUAGUGAUCGCAAUACUGAUCUUCUCAAGUUUCGUGUUUAUUUGGAAAAAUCUUCAGAUACCUGGCAAGAUUAUGAAAUGGGCAAUAAUCCUCGUGAUUUGGUAACAUUCAUAUUUCAUCCUUAUGAGCCGUUUUUCAUAAGCAUACAAAAAUUUAUAUCACGUUAUGUUUUAAAUUUUCAUGUAUACAAUACAAAGACCAGAGUAGAAACGUGAUACACACAUAAUUUUGCUAUAAGAAGGGCGGUAAGAAAUUGAAACAAUUUCCGAAAUACAUGCUCUAUUUUUGAUGAUGGCCGGGGAAACAAUUUAAGGUAGUUUUUCUACCAAUAAAAAGAAAAAGUCUCCUAUUUAUUAUGUUUAUAUAAAGUAAUAUAGUAUAGUAAUAUUUUUUACUGUAACUAUUCAUGCUGCAUAAAAGAACGAAAAUGGGGCAAAAAGUAAAGUAACUUGUAUACGGUGUUUUUUUAUUAAUC